UUCCCGUCCUCCCGCCGUUUCCUCUUCUAAAAUUAUAAUUACUCUUCUCCCCGUUUUCAGAGAACGGCAAUCGAAACCUAAUUUUGGUCAACUGCAACGCCGAUCUCGAGUCUUUUAAUUUAUAUACUAGGGAGAUAGGAAGAGGGAUCAAUCCAGGUCUGCGUGGCGAUCGGCGCUUCAGUUCUCGGUUCGCUAGCUUCCGCUCUUCCCAUUUCCUUCGGUAAAUCUGAGAAAUUUUUGCUUAGUUCUGGAUUUAGAGGUUAAGUUCUCCAUUUUUGCUGUUAAUUAUCUGGAUUUUUGGAAAAAAAAAGAUAUUCGUAUUCGGUCAUGCUUUCUCUCUCAAAGUUUGGUGUUUUUUUUUUUUCAUGCUAGAUGUCUUUAUAUUUUGAUCCUUAAUGCUGAUUUAAGGGCCAAGUUUUGGGUGGGCGCUGGAUUAGUUGGAUUUCAGGAAGUCUAGAGUAUCGGCAACCAACAAUUGGAUUGCUAUCAUCGAGGAAAUUUGAUGCGAAUUUUUAAGAAAGAAAGUCACCCGCGUUGGAUUGAUUUCGAGUCAAGAAGAUCCGAAUAUCUGCAGAAGGCUUAAUUAGUCCUAGGAAUAGAUAGAUAUAGGAGAAUUUCUGCAAGGUUCUGGAGCUGUAAACCUCAGUCAGUCUUAGCUCAUCGUUUAGCUGCUUUAUUAAAAUUCCUAGCUUUAAUGCGACGAGUCUGUCGUUCUGCUGUUCCAAGGAGGAGGAGGAGGAGGAGGAGGAGGGGAGAAGAUCGAGCUUAGGGAAGAUAGGAUUUUGGUAGGGGUUGUUGCUCCCCCAUUCCCUUAUAAUUAACCCACGUCGAGUCGAGAAUGGGGACGCAGCUAUGCAUUCGCAGGUGCAGAUUUUCUAGGAUCAUGGCCGUAAUGCAGAUCAUUUUAGGCGUGUUUGUCAUCCUUAUCAGCGUCGCCGGCCUCCAUCGUUUCCAGUUGGCUGGCUUCUUCUUCCCCAACGAGGAGGAUUCCUCCCAGAGGUUCCAUACCAUCAAGGAGGGCUAUGCCGACUUUGACCUCAAAGCCCUCUCCGACCGCGUGGAAGACGUCGUCUCCCAGCUGUCGGAGCUUCAGGACAAGCUCGACGCCACCAUCCAGAAGACGGACAGGGACAAGAAAGGCGGCGCUGCAGCCCGAAACAUGACGCGCUCCGAAUUCAGCCGGUUCGUUCAGGAGGAGGUGAUCCAGCCCCUCUACAGUGCCCGCAUUGCCCUAGGGCUAAUCCGAAUUCCGAAACCCGACACAGCUGGAUUCAAUCCCGGGUCUCCAGUGGAGGACCCUCUAAUAAACUUCUUCACGGUGGAGGAGAUCCGGAAGUACAUCACAGCCAAAGGCAACAAGAACGGAAAGCUCAGCAAAUACGGCACGAACAAGACCUACGGCACGAUCGGCCAUGCUUGCGUUCUCAUGAGGAAGGAGCUGGAGGAGUACAUGAACUACGACAUCGGGUCCUACUGCAACGACGAUUGGCAUUUGGCCCAGAAGCUGAUGCUGGGGGGCUGCGACCCCCUUCCUAGGAGGCGGUGCUUGGCCCGAGCUUCGAAGCUCUACCAGCGGCCGCUCCCGAUCAACGAGUCCCUGUGGACCAUGCCGGACGACCGCAACGUUCGGUGGAGCAGGUACCGGUGCCGGAACUUCAAGUGCCUCUCGAAAAAAAACCCGAGGAGGGGCUUCUCCAGGUGCACCGGCUGCUUCGACUUGGAGGAGGAGAAGCUCAAGUGGGUCACGAAUGCCUCGCUCGCAGACUUCCUCAUCGGCGAUGUGCUCGCGGUGAAGCCCGGGGAGAUCAGGAUCGGGCUCGACGCCAGCAUCGGAACGGGGAGCUUUGCUGCGAGGAUGAGGGAGUGGAAUGUGACCAUUGUCUCGACCGCUUUGAACGUGGGUGCUCCAUUCAGCGAGGUGAUUGCACUCAGAGGAUUGAUCCCGCUCUACGCCACGCUCGGCCAGCGGCUGCCAUUCUUCGACAACACGAUGGAUUUGAUCCACACGAGCGUGUUCCUUGAUGGGUGGGUCGACCUCCAGCUCCUGGAUUUCAUCCUCUUUGAUUGGGACCGGGUGCUGAGGCCUGGUGGCCUGUUGUGGGUGGACAAGUUCUUCUGCAGCAGAAAGGAUUUGGAUGAGUAUAUGUACAUGUUCCUGCAAUUCAGAUACAGGAAGCAUAAGUGGGUGGUCUCCUUCAAGUCCAAGGAGGAGGUAUAUCUCUCUGCUUUGCUAGAAAAGCCCCCCAGGUCUCUAUGAGCUCCGCUCUCUACUUCUAUGGCAGCCCUUGCAUGACACAUAUAUCAACCUACUUGUUAACUGCAAUUUGCAGCUCCCAUCCAUUUGAUCGUAUGUUUUCUAUAUAGAAAUAAAUCAGAAGAUUGUAUUCUUGUUGCAUCUCUCAAUAAUUCCUUAAUUUUGUCUAGGGCCUUUUUCAAGAUUUUA